AUGACGUGUUCGCUACAACGUAAGAACAAGGAAUUCAGCUGCGUCCAAGCAACAUGGGACUAUCUUGAACAAAACAAAUGGCGUUUCCAAAAACAUAUUUCAAUCAAUGAUAAUUCUUUGCAUGCAAAAUUCAUGUAUAUCUUGAUCGAGAUACUUCACUUCUGUCGUUUUUACAAGUUAAAAGAUCUGGUAAAGAAAUACGAAAAGAUCUCGAAGGAGAUUGAUGAUUCUCAAGAGAAAGACCAAUUUGUGAUCGAUCUUUCGUUAAAAUACAGUCAAUAUCAGUUCAAACCGCAUCUUUAUGCGGAUUAUCCUAGGUUGUUAAUCAAGAUCGCAGAGUUGGAAUUCUAUUACAAAGUGAUAGGAGAUCAAGCAAAAAAAAGAAAAGUUUCUGUGCCCAUACGUAACAAACAGACAAAAAAUCAAGCUAGACUACAACUACCAAGAUGGAUAAACAGGGAAUUCAAAUCGAUAAUGAAAGAAGAGUAUAAUCUUGAAGCUAUAGAACGAAAAAUCAAUUUACAUGAUCCAACACUCUAUCAAGUAUUCUUAGAAGAAAUUGCGUGUAUCUUAGUACAAUGCGAAAAGUACAAGAUGAAAAAAUCAAAUUGUGUCUAUGUAAAGUAUCAAAAGAUGCGUGAUGAUAUCUUUAAAGCGGAAGACAAGAACCAAUUAGUAAAAAAUUUAGCAACAUCAAGACACUUUCACAAAUUUGAUCCAUAUUUGUUUCAUCAUAAACCAAAGUUAAUUUCGCCCAUAUUCAGAUUAGAAACACUUUUUAAAGAACUUUUAAGACAAAAUAGCAUAGAAAGAC